AAAAAGAAAGAAAGAAAUGUGUAAGCAGGGCCAGUCCUGGAGCCGAGUGGUUAAGCUCACUCUUGUGCUUCAGAAGCCCAGGUCCACCGGUGUGUUCCCUGGGUGCAGACCGACAUGCCGCUCACCAAGCUGUCCUGUGGCAGCAUCCCAGAUAGAAGAAACAGAAUGACUUACAGCUAGGAUGCACAGCUAUGUACGGGGGCUGUGGGAGAAAGAAAAAAAAACUUAAAAAAAAGUAUAAGGGAAGGGAAAUUUGGGAACAGUAAUUCAGUCUGCCACAAAUAUGGGAAGAAAAACUUAAAUACUUUUAGAAGAAAAUACAGACAAGUAUCUUUCUGAUCUUGAAGUAGAGAAGGCUAUCUGAAGACAGUGUUCUCAAACCAUAAAGCACAUUUGUCAUCUGGGGAACUUGGUAAAGUGAAAGUUCUGAUUCAGUAGGUCUGGAGUGAGGUCUGUGAGUGUGCAUUUCUAACAAGCUCUCAGGGGAUACUGAUGCUGCUGGUUCGUGUACCACACUUUGAGUAGCAAAGUCUUAAGACACAAAAAGUGCCAAGAAUAAAAAGGAAAGAUUGAUAAAUUCAGCAUAUUAAGUUAGAAGUUUUUAUCAAAAGACAGCAUAAAGAAAAUAAAAUGAUGAGCCACACAAUGGGGAAAAAUAUGACAUAUAUCACUGGCAAGGGAUUAGUGUCCAUAUAUAUAGAACUACAAAUCAGUGAAAUAGGAACAGUCAACAGAAAAAUGAGUGAAAACCAUGCACAAGUCUUUCAGGGAAGAGGAAGCAUAGCCAAUAAAUAUAUGAAAAGGUGCUCGUUAUUAAUGAUAAGGGAAAUAUAAGUUAAAUCUCCAGUGAGGUAUUGUUCUUGUACACUCACUACAUUGAUGAAAAUUAGUAAGUCUGUGAGUACUAAGUAUUAGGAUGUGGAUUAAGGGGUAACUUAGACACAUUGCUGAUUGGAGUGUAAUGCUGCUAAGACCACUUUGGGAAAUAAUUUUACAUUAUUUUGCAAAGUUCACCAUUUGCAUAUCCUGUAACUUGGCAGUCCCACUUCUGGGUGUAUACUCAGGAGAAAUGUAUAACAGGAGCCACAUACAAGAUUGUUCAGAGCUGUAGUGUUUAAUAGCAAAAUAUUUGAAACAACUCGAAUGUUCCUUAACAGGAGAUUGAAUAAAAUAUGGUAUUUACACAAUGGGGUAUUAUGGAAUAGUAAAAGGGAGUGAACUUCUGUAUACAACAUGAGUGAGUUUUGGAAACAAUGCUGAGUCAAAAACAAUUCCAGAAGAUUAUAUACAUUAUAAUACCAUUUUUUCAGAGCUGAAGUAUAACUGAAUAAUAUGUUUAAGCAUAUGUGCAUUUGUGAUGUUUAUUUUUUAAAAAACUCAGAGAAAUGACACAAUUUAGGUUAGUAGCUACUGCUGGAAGGGAAGGCAGUGGAAUGGGAUAGGGGAAGAAUGGACAAGUAAAUGGUAAUGUGUUAGUUCCGGGUUCGAUGUUUAUUACCUUUUUAUGUUUUAUAACUGAAAAAUGUUAUACACAGACAUUGUUCCUGUAAUAAAGCCAUACAUUAAUAUCACUAGUAGGCUAUGUCCUACAAGACAGAUGAGAGAGGCUAUGCUGUCUUAGGUGGCUGUUAGUCAGGGUUCUCUAGAGAAACACAACCAAUGGGAUGGUGGCUGGUGCGGGGAGAGGGCAGAAUAAAGAACUGGCGUAUGAUUAUGCAGGCUGAGAAGUCCAGACCCAACAAUGCUGAUGGUAUUGUUCCAGCCUGGGUUUGAAGCCCGAGAAUGAGGAGAGCUGAUGGUGUAAGUUCCAGUUUAAGGCCGAAGGCAGGAGAAGACCAAUAUCGCCGUCUAAAGACAGGCAGAGAGAGAGAACUUUUUCUUCGUCAGCCUUUUCUUCUAUUCAGGCCUUUGGUGGACUGGAUGCGGCUCACCCACACUGGGGAGGGCCAUCUGCCUUACUCAGUCUCCUGGUUCAAGUGUUGAUCUCAUCUAGAAGCCCCCUCACAGACACACUCAGGAUCACCUUUAACCAAAUGUCUGGGCACCCGUGGCCCAGUCAAGUUUACACACAAAAUUAACCAUCACAGUGAUUAUCUCCCCUCUUAAGCCCUAUCCCCAGUUGCUCUUAUAGUCAAGCUCUCAGAUCUUUGGGGAGGUAUCCUUGUAUUGUAGUUAGCUCCUCCUCUGAGUUUCGUGACUCCUGCUCUUUCCCAGCACCUUCAUGCUAGAGCACUAGUUAGCCUUGUAGGAGGCAUGGCUGGUGAUGGCUCUGCUGUGGAGGCUGAAUGCACCCAGAGUGCUUCAUCUUCGCCCCUCCUGCAAGGACACAAAGACACAAAGGGGAUUUUGCUGGAACGUAAUAGAAUAUCCAGUGGUGAUUCAGGUGUAGAACAAGCUGUAGUAGGUUGGUGAUGUAGGGAGGGCAGAAGAAUGAAAUCGAUGUGAGAUUCUUUCAGGGAAGGAGAGAACGACAAUGUUGACGGAAGAAUAAUAGUUAAAUAUGGGUACGUAUAUGUGCAAUCGUUCCGUAAGUUGAGGCCCGGCCAGCUUAAGUUCAAAGGGAAAUAUCCUGUGUAUGGUUGGAAAUACUAGACUGAGAGGUCAAGGUAGGAGAUUUGAUUUGUAGGUACUGACAUUUGCAUAAAUUACACAGAUUUUUGACGUAGUGAGUAGUUGAAAGGUGAAUGUUCAAGGUUUGUAACAACUCUAGGCAAAACUCACUCCAGUGGUUCUAGUACUAGUAGUUAGGUAACACAUGGAAGAGCAUUUGGAUGAGAUUACUCUAAUUUAUGAAAUAUUUUGAGGGAUGAUAAUCUCUGUCUUUCGAGCGUUGUCUAAUUUCAUAUUCACUUGAAUAGGAGAUUUAUUACUAACCCCCAAAUCAAAUGUUUCACAUGACAGAGAACUUGACCAGAAUCUCUAAGAAAGGGGUAAUCAGUUUUGCUCUUGAGUCAUUGGGAAGUUGCUGUGUGCAUUGAAUGUUUGGAGAGUUAACUGUUUUUCUUCCAUCUUUGUGUCUGUUUUUCUGAGCCAUGCAGUGUAUAUUUCCGCUACCUUUUUUCUCCCUUUACAUUUGCCUUUAUGAUGUAAGAAAAUUUAUAAUUGGAACAUACUGGUGAAAUUUUUUAAAGGCUUCCGACCUGUAGAGGUCUCUGCAGGUAGUCGUCUCGGUCUGUUUUGGGAGGAGAGGGUUCUAAUGAGUGUAGAAUUCCAAUGCAAAAUAUAUCACUUUUGCUGAAUAGCAUACUUUGCUAAUUCUUUUAAAUAUAGUUUCAAGAAUAUUGCAUUGUUAACCUUGAUUUAAAGAAUUUAUAUUUUGGGUUUUGAGGGCUAUGUCUAUUCCAUUGGAGAACGCCAUAGAUAAGCAGUCAUGUUAAUGCCGGGCACUUUGGCUCUGUGCAUAGUCAGGCUUCUUGGUGUGUUUCCCAGAUUCAAGUACGCUUAAAUUCAGUAGCAUUUCUAAAUUUUUUAACAACUGUGCCUGACACCCAGCAAAUGUUUGUUAAGUACAGGUACUUCUCCUUUAGUUUGACCCUCCACCAGCCCGUGAAGUGUGCCAUCUCUGCGUCACACUUGGCCUUGCUCCGUUGUGGAGCCAUUGGCCAGUGUAGUUUACUCCUAGUGGUGGCUCUGCUAUUAACAUCCUGUUGUUAGAUGUCUUUUUUCUAAUCGCGGUCUCAUCGGUCUAGAACGUUAUAUAAAUUUUGGGUGUAGAUCAUUAUGUUUUGACUUCUAUAUAGACGGCAUCGUUUUCACCAAAAGUCUAGUUGCCACCCAUACACAUGAGCCCCUUUACCCUUUCUGCCUUCCCCUCACCCCCUUUCCCUCUGUCUUCUGAUGCACUGAAAAAUAGCUUGGUGGUUUUGUGAAGUGGAAACAAAUUCAGGAUCAUUUCAGUGCUCAGGUGCCUGCCUUGCUGCUCUGUGUGUAGUGUGCACUGGUAGGUAUGUGGCGGUGGACCCUGUCCUUGCAGUGUUGCGGAGAAUGCAUCAAGAAAGUGGACAUCGACCAAGAGACCCUAAGUGUGCGUAACAGAGAUCAUAAAUGGGGACCGAGGCGUACCUAGUGAGAAGGGGGGGAAUCUGGAAACUUCUGAUACCAUAUAAAAGGGAGUGCUGACUGAUUUACUCUAUAGAACGGGACAAUUUAUGCAGAUUAUUGAAAGAGAAGGAGAAGGGUCUACUUAAUGAUUUUAUUCCUAAGUUAUAUCUUCAGUUUAACUUUUCAGUCCUGGGAAAUUCAGGAUAUAAGGACCCUAGAUGAUCUAUGUGUUGCUUGUAGCUUGGGCCUUAGGGAAAAUGUUAAUUCUUUCUGGUUAGAAGGUCGUAUUGCCCCAAGUGUGUUCUGAGGAACACAAAAGUGGCCCCUAAUCAAGGAAGAUGGAAAAUGGUCUCUACUUUGUUUCCUUCCUGGAGGUUCCAGAUGCACAUUACUGUAUUAAAAGUUUCUGGAUAUCCUAACAUGAACAGACCUGCUUCUGUUUCAGCUCUGGUGUUUCCCUAAUGUAUGCAAAAGGAAGAAGUUCUGUAGCAAAAAUAAUACAUUUUUAUAUCACCCAGAAUACACUUUGAUAAAACUAUAGCAGGUUAUCUUUUAAAUGAUGACACUCUUCAUUCAAAUAGCUGCCUGGGGCUCUAACUGUAGUUAUAUUAGGAGUCACAUCUAAAGACUUGAUUUAAUCUUUGAAGCAUGUAAUUAAUGGAUGAAAAAUGAAAAUGUGCUUUGAACCUAUUCUGAGUUCUCAAAUGUAUAUCUUUUUGCAAAAUCAAGUAGAGAAUUUUAUUCUAAUCCUUUAAAAUUUCUAACUAGUAGGCUAUGAGUCAGGUAAUCCAUUUAAAAUUUUUAUAUUGAGUUAAAUAUCUCUUAUUGACAGAUAUUACAACAUUACCAAAGUAUUGCUUUUUACCUAAUUUCUUUUUAGAGAACUGUAAUACGUAGUUAUUUAGCUUGUGGCUUUUUAUAGUAAUUAAAAAAAAAUGGACCCACUGUCCUUCAGUGAGUUGCAGAAUUUCAGGCCGUUUUUUACCCCACUCAUUGAAACUCAGAAGAUAGAUAACUUUGUAGUUUUGAAAUUAGUAGUUGAACGCUGUAGAAUUUUUAUGCACAUUUUGAGAAGCAUCAGUAUCACUUUGAAAAAAUAUUUUAGUACAGUGAUCUAGUAUUUUAUUUGAUAAAAUGUUUCAUACUUGACCAAGUGGGUUUCAUCACGUUGGAGCUUUUUGCGUUUUAGGAAAUUCUAAAAAUCUACUUGUUUUAAUUUUUCGUUUCUAAAUAAACUUGCUUAGAGUUUUUGAAAAUUUUGCAUUUCUUAGAGUGAAGAUCAGUUUUUUUUCCUCCUGACUGAAGUUUUUAAAUUUCUAAAAUUUAAUUGUUUCAUCACUUUUCCAACAGUUUUUCUAAAAGCUUUUAGAAUUUCCUAAUAAUGAACUUUGUUUUGUUUUGAUUUUUGGAUGUGUUUGGUAGUUGUUCUUUCUUUCAGAUGUAAGUGCGGGCAUUUCUCCCCUCCCCUUCGACCCAAAUGGCUUUAGGCAUGUUUUUUCAUCCUGUGAACUGACACGAAGUUUGCCCCUUCUAGGGGAAAAAGACAGUUUUGUAAAUCUCCAUAAGGACUUUUUUGUAGGUAUAAAAAAUACCUUUUUAUAGCCCUCUAAAGGGUUCUGACAUCUAGUGGAUCUAGAUGAACUAAGCAUCUCACUCAUUAUGAUAAUGGGAUAACCUGCAAAAAAAUUUUAAUUUGUGAAAAGCAGUCCAGCUUUUCAAACCAGAAAUAUUAACAGAUGAGUAUGAAUCAUCAAAUAACUGCCAAUCAAGUAAAAGUUAGAAAUAAAACAAUGUUACUUUACAUAAGCAGUUCAUCUCCUUAAUAGUUAGCCCAGUUAAAACGUUAAGAACUUAGAGGCUGAUGGAGUUAAAACUGUAAGCACAUAUAGACUGAUCCAGACUUUCAGUUCUGUAAGCCUCUGAUGGGAGCACGGCGAGGAGAGGAGGGUUUGUCCAGGUUGGACAGAAAGCUCUUCCCUUCUAUUUAGUCUCAUUGACACUUGAUCUAGAUCUCAUUUGUUUUGCUUUAAUGACAGUCUAUUUAGUGCUGCUGAUUCUAUGUAGAACUGAGCGCUUUCACCUGUAUGCUGUAUCAUUAUAUAGUUGGGUCUUCCUUUUUCUUACCUGUCUUUUAAACAUAGAGAUUAACCAGGUCUGUUAUGUGCCUGCGAUUUAUUAAGGCAUUUGUUAGUUUCUGUUACUGUCAAGUAAUAGUCUUAUCAUGAGAACAAUCCUACUAUUCAUGAAAAGAAUUUAUUUUAGUUGUUACUGGAGAAUAUAAAUUAAUAAGUUCAUUUCUGAUAACCUAGCUAGUAAAAAUGGAAUUUCUUAAUCUUUAUGCAAUUCUUCCUAUUUGCAUAGAAAUUGCUCGUGUCCCACACUAGUUUUAUUGAUUACAUUAUCUUAAAAAAAGCCUUAUUCAUUUCUUAGGACUUGACACACUUCUAGGUGGGGACGAGACUGUAGGUCUGGUUGCCCAUUGCUGUGUAGUUUUCCAGAUACCUAUGCUAAACAGGUGUACCUGAUCAGCUUUUAGCCCUUGGUCCUGUCUUCUUCGGUGAUAGAGUCCCAGUUUAGAUUGUAGAGUCUCUAUGGAUUUUCUCUUCUGGCCGUGGAUUGGCUCCUACUAAAGAGAAUAAGCAAUACCUGUCUUCCAAAUUGAUGCACUGAGAUCGGAAAAUAACAGGUAAGGAUUGUGCAUAAAUGGAUAACUGUCUUGUCAUAUGUGUUUAUUCUCUGCUUUGCCAAGCAAAUAUUAUUUAGACUCUUGAUGAAAAGUAGUAGAAUCUAAAAGCCAGAGUCUUAGUAUUCCAAACCCACUGUCUUUUUUUUCUCUUUUCUAUGUUCUUUCUUCUAUUUAUAUUUUAUUUCUUUUACCCUUCCCCUUCAUCUUCAAAGGCUUUUCUUUGUGUGUGAAUCCUAUAGACACACAAAUUGAAGAAUUAUGAAAAGACAGUUGCAGGUAAUGCACACCCUUGAAUACUGAGCACUUUAUCAAAUCUAUUGGAAAUUUGUAGUGAGGAAGCACCAGUUAAGAAGAAGUAGAGUGAAGGCGUGAAUUGCACAAGUACCAUGCUGGAUCGGGGGAAGGCAGUGGGUUUCAGUGGGAAGCAGUACAAGUUAGGUACCCAAGGAGGAAGACCAGAGUCUGCUGAUACAGUAUGGUCGUUUUUGUAUCACUAACACCACGCGGAGUCCCCAACACACAAGAAGCCUUCAGUACGUUGUGUGGAUGGUGAAAGAAGGAGUGAGAGUUUCUAGGUUAGAGAGUUAUUCCCUGCCUGUGGGCUCAGAACUUGGCUGGAGUUGAGUUUUUUCUCCCAUGGGCUAGUAUUAUGACUAUUUCCUAAACCUCUCUCUUUCGGAAUUUAUUCCCCCCAUUUAGAUUUGGGAAGUAUUUAGUUUGACACAGUUUUAUCAUCUGCCAAAGCAUUCUGCUAAAUAGUACUUGGAAUGUGUCACAGUUUGGCCCUGAGGAACUUUCAGACUCAUUUGUGAAGGAACCCACACUCAGGAGGCAGUCGGAGAAUAGUGUGAGUAGAUAUCAUUGAAAGGCAGAGGGCGAUGAGGACGGUGAGUGCCCUAGGUAUCACAGGAAGAGAACACUGUGGCCUUAAGUAAUUACAGAAGGCUUCUUAGAGGACGUAGGACAGGAAUUGACUCCUUUGCCAUUUACGUGUUAAGGCUUCAGCAGUGUUCUUGCCUUCCAAAACCUUUGAGUAUAUUACUUUAGUCUCUUUUGUAUGGAUUAUUUUUUCUUUUGCGGUGUUUUGAUUCACCUGUGCCUUGAAUAUUCCGUCAGAAUGCUGUUUUCAGCAAUGUUAGACUUUAGAGUUGUUUCCUAUCAUGAGUCCCCAUAUUUUGCCCCUUGAAGUAGUCAUUAGGGCUGUCGACAUCUGUUUCUGCUCUUCCCUCACGUGAGAGGAGUGCAUCUCCCACCUUGUGAAGUGAAGCAGGGCCUGGAGACUUGCCUUGCCCCAUGAGAUGUGAGCGACUCACUUGCAGGAGGAAGCUCUCGAAGCGCUGGUACACGCUUUGGCACAGAUCUCCUUUUUUCUCUGGCUUCUGGACUAGCAGGGUUCAGGGUUGGCGGCCAUACUGUCGUCUUGCAUCUCAGAGUGAUUGCAAUGAGUGAUGACGCUGAACAUCCGUGCCAAUCCAGGAUGGACAUGUUGCGUGAGCAAGAUAUAAACCUGUGUGUUAAGCUGCUGUGAUGUGGGGGUGCUUUGUUUCUGCACCAUAAUCUACCCUAUUUUGACUGAAUAACCUUUCUUCCCAGAUUUUGUCCCUUGGCCCUCAUCUUAGCUAUGCUGUUUUCUUUGUGCUUUGUCAGUAAGCAUCGAGUACUCUUGCUGCUCUGUACAGUCUGACUUUGUCGUUGAACCUUCCAUGAUUACAUUCUACUGUAAUGAAAUUUGCCCGGUUGAAAUUUGAGACCUCUCAACCAUAAAGGUUCUGCCGGAGACUUACAUUUGGCCUCAACGUGAAAUGAAAGUAGAAAAUCGUAUCUACAUGUGUAUUGCUGUUAGGAUGUUGAUUCAUUGGUCAUGCCUGAGGAGGGAAAUUCUGUUCUAGAUGGCUGACUGCCAGCAAAAAUAAAUGCUUAUCCUAGAUGUCAAGCAUCUCUCCUUUUUACUGGAGUGAAAAUCCCCUCCAGAUACCAACAGAACAUCAACUGCAGAAAAUGCUCCGCAUUUUAAGGCUGUCAGCAACCUAACUUCAUGCGCCCUGUCUGUACAGUUGUUGUGGAUGGUUUACCAUCUGAAAGCUCCACAAGCUCGCAUCCAGGUCCUGUAUCUGCUUCUGAAAUGUCUCUGCUCCAUGCUUUGGGUCCAGUGCAGACCUGGCUGGGACAAGAGCUAGAGAAAUGUGGCAUUGAUGCCAUGAUUUAUACUCGAUAUGUCCUCAGUCUUCUGCUGCAUGACAGCUAUGACUACGACCUGCAGGAACAGGAGAAUGACAUCUUCCUGGGCUGGGAAAAAGGAGCUUCUAAGAAAUGGGGAAAGAGUAAGAAAAAGUGCUCAGAUCUAACUGUAGAAGAAAUGAAAAAACAGGCUGCUGUCCAGUGUCUUCGAUCUGCCUCUGAUGAAAGCUCUGGCAUCGAGACGUUAGUGGAGGAGCUCUGCUCCAGACUGAAAGACCUUCAGAACAAGCAAGAAGAGAAGAUUCACAAAAAGUUAGAAGGGUCUCCCUCUCCAGAGGCAGAAUUAUCCCCCACAGCAAAGGAUCAAGUGGAAAUGUACUAUGAAGCAUUUCCACCACUUUCUGAGAAGCCAGUUUGCCUGCAAGAGAUCAUGACUGUAUGGAACAAGUCUAAAGUCUGUUCUUACUCUAGCUCUUCUUCAUCAUCCACAGCCCCACCAGCUAGCACAGACACAUCCUCUCCCAAGGAGUGCAACAGUGAAGGGGAAGUCAUCAGGGAAAGGAGCAAUGACGUAUCCACCACUGCCCACGAGAAAACCCAGAGCAGAAGUCAAAAUGAGAAGGAGAACAAAUUUAGUCAUGGCACAAUGGAAGAAAAGCCUGCCGUGUACAAAAAGCAAAUCCGACAUAAACCCGAAGGAAAGAUUCGCCCUCGCUCGUGGUCUUCCGGCUCUAGUGAAGCAGGCUCAAGUUCAAGUGGUAAUCAGGGAGAAUUAAAAGCAUCCAUGAAGUGUGUGAAAAUAAGACACAAGACACGGGAAAUUCGGAACAAAAAGGGGCGGAAUGGUCAAAGCAGGCUUUCACUGAAACAUGGCGAAAAGGCUGAAAGAAACCUUCAUGCCGGAAGCAGUAGCAGUAGCAGCAGUGGUUCUGUCAGACAGCUGUGCAAACGGGGUAAAAGACCAGCAAAGGAGGCGGGGAGAAGAGACGUCGGGAGCGCCGAAGGAAGAGACCUCUACAUGGAGAGCAGAAACGACAAAGAAUAUAAAGAGGAACCGUUGUGGUAUACUGAACCAAUUGCUGAAUAUUUUGUUCCUUUGAGCAGAAAAAGUAAAUUAGAGACCACAUACCGAAACAGACAAGAUACAAGUGAUCUGACAUCAGAGGCAGUAGAAGAAUUGUCUGAAUCAGUGCACGGUCUUUGUAUCAGCAACAAUAAUAUUCAUAAAACAUACCUCGCAGCAGGUACUUUCAUUGAUGGUCAUUUUGUAGAAAUGCCUGCAGUUAUAAAUGAGGAUAUUGACCUCACUGGGACCUCAUUCUGUUCUCUUCCGGAGGGCAACAAAUACUUGGAUGAUAUUCAUCUAUCAGAAUUAACACACUUCUAUGAAGUGGAUAUUGAUCAAUCCAUGUUGGAUCCUGGUGCCUCAGAAACAAUGCAAGGAGAAAGUCGGAUUUUGAAUAUGAUUCGACAAAAAAGCAAAGAGAAAACAGAUUUUGAGGCAGAAUGUUGCAUAGUGUUAGAUGGAAUGGAGUUGCAAGGGGAACGUGCAAUAUGGACAGAUUCUACCAGCUCUGUAGGUGCUGAGGGCUUAUUCCUGCAAGACCUUAGCAAUCUGGCUCAGUUCUGGGAGUGCUGUUCAUCUAGCUCUGGCGAUGCCGAUGGAGAGAGUUUUGGAGGAGAUUCUCCAAUUAGACUCUCACCAAUCUUAGACAGCACAGCACUCAAUCCGCAUUUGCUUGCUGGCAAUCAAGAGCUCUUUUCAGAUAUUAAUGAAGGAUCUGGUAUAAACUCUUGUUUUUCAGUGUUUGAAGUGCAAUGCAGUAAUUCUGUUUUACCAUUUUCUUUUGAAACACUCAACUUGGGAAAUGAAAAUACAGAUUCUAGUGCUAAUAUGCUUGGGAAAACACAGUCUAGAUUGCUAAUAUGGACCAAAAAUAGUGCCUUUGAAGAAAAUGAACACUGUUCUAAUCUUUCAACAAGAACUUGUAGUCCAUGGUCCCAUUCAGAAGAAACACGUUCAGACAAUGAGACAUUAAAUAUUCAGUUUGAAGAAUCAACGCAGUUUAAUGCAGAAGAUAUUAAUUAUGUAGUUCCUAGAGUCUCGUCAAAUUAUGUAGAUGAAGACCUUCUAGAUUUUUUGCAAGAUGAAACUUGCCAGCAAAACAGUAGAACUUUAGGAGAAAUUCCUACGUUAGUUUUUAAAAAAAAAUCUAAACUAGAAUCUGUCUGUGGUAUUCAGCUAGAACAAAAAACAGAAAACAAAACAUUUGAAACUACACAAGUAUGUAGUGAAAGCAGUCCACAUGGAGAUGGCUACAGCUCAGGGGUUAUUAAAGACAUUUGGACAAAGAUGGCAGAUAGCAAUUCUGUAGCUAUGGUAGAAAUAGAAAGAAUUGAUGAUGAGUUGUUUUCAACAGAUGUAAAUAACUACUGCUGCUGUUUGGAUGCUGAAGCUAAAAUGGAGACCCUCCAGGAACCUAAUAAGGCUGUGCAGAGAUCAGAAUAUCAUCUGUGGGAGGGACAGAAAGAGAACCUGGAGAAAAGAGCUUUUGUUUCUAGUGAGCUAUCGAAGGUGGACGGCGGUGAUUACACUACACCCUCUAAACCUUGGGACGUAGCCCAAGACAAGGAGAAUGCGUUCAUCCUCGGAGGGGUUUACGGAGAACUCAAAACCUUUAACAGCGAUGGGGAGUGGGCAGUUGUACCCCCCAGUCACACAAAAGGAAGCUUGUUACAGUGUGCGGCUUCUGAUGUUGUGACGAUAGCUGGUACAGAUGUCUUUAUGACCCCAGGAAACAGUUUUGCUCCUGGUCACAGGCAGUUAUGGAAACCCUUUGUGUCAUUUGAACAGAACGAUCAACCGAAGAGUGGGGAAAAUGGAUUAAAUAAGGGAUUUUCUUUUAUCUUCCAUGAAGACUUACUAGGAGCUUGUGGUAACUUUCAAGUUGAAGAUCCUGGACUUGAAUAUUCCUUCUCUUCUUUUGACCUAAGCAAUCCAUUUUCACAAGUUCUUCACGUAGAAUGUUCAUUUGAACCCGAAGGGAUUGCAUCUUUCAGCCCUAGUUUUAAACCGAAGUCAAUCCUCUGCUCUGAUUCAGACAGUGAAGUUUUUCACCCCAGGAUAUGUGGCGUAGACAGAACACAAUACAGGGCUAUUCGGAUCUCUCCUAGGACUCACUUUCGCCCAAUUUCUGCAUCUGAACUGUCCCCAGGAGGAGGGAGCGAGUCGGAAUUUGAAUCUGAGAAAGAUGAAGCAAAUAUUCCCAUUCCUUCUCAAGUUGACGCAUUUGAAGAUCCACAGGCAGACCUCAAACCACUGGAAGAAGAUGCAGAGAAAGAAGGCCAUUACUAUGGGAAAUCAGAGCUUGAGUCUGGAAGAUUCCUUCCCAGGUUAAAAAAAUCUGGGAUGGAAAAGAGUGCUCAGACAUCACUGGAUUCCCAGGAGGAAUCAGCUGGGAUUCUGUCAGUCGGAAAGCAGAAUCAGUGUUUGGAAUGUAGCAUGAAUGAAUCUCUGGAAAUCAAUUUAGAAAGCUCAGAAGCAAACUGUAAAAUAAUGGCACAAUGCGAGGAAGAAAUUAAUAAUUUUUGCAGUUGCAAAGCAGGUUGUCAGUUCCCUGCUUAUGAAGAUAAUCCAGUUUCUUCGGGACAUCUGGAAGAGAUUGGGAAGAAAGAAAAAGAGGAAAGAAGCGAGAUUCUACAUCAUAGCACUACCAUAUUCCUUCGCUUUCUAUUUCCUGUACUGAGCACCGAUGUACAAGGAAUGAAUAGAAGGCAAGAAAAACAGAGCUGGUGGGAAAAAGCUUUGUACUCUCCUCUUUUUCCUGCAUCGGAGUGUGAAGAAUGUUAUACAAAUGCCAAGGGAGAGAAUGGUAUAGAAGAAUAUCCAGAUGUUAAAGAAAUACCCAGUAAUGAAGAGCGUCUGUUAGAUUUUAAUAGGGUGUCUUCUGUUUAUGAAGCAAGGUGUACAGGAGAGAGAAAUUCUGGAGCAAAAUCAAACGGCUUCCGCAGAAAGAUAUACUCCAGUGCCAGCUCCAACUCGGGGGACACAGGCUCGGAAGGCGGAGACGAGUGGGUGGACCCCAGUGAAGAGGAACUCUUUUCCCGAACUCAUCUCUAAACCUGCAGAGUAGUACAAAUUAUUUUUUAAAAAUAUGUGAUGGAAAAUUACCCUUUUGUGAGGCCUGUUAAUCUAAAACAACAACUUAGGUUUCUUCUUCAAUUAACUGAUUCAGAUCAGUAAUUAUCUUUCUCUUCUUGCUUAUUUUAGAGUUGAGGACAGCUAUCCUGUUGAAGAUUUUUUUUUCCAAGCUGUUAAAUUCUUGGCUGUUUGAACUAGACUAGAUUGUGUUGUCCACUCGAGAAUGGGUGUGCAUGUGCGCGUCUUAGGAGCGUCACUGCUGUCUGCCUCUUAGCUGCGGCUCUCCCCCCGCCUGCGGCCGCAUCACCGUGACCUGACACCGUGGCACUGCAGUGUCAGCACCCUCUCCUGCUCUUCAGAGACUUUAGCUUUGGGACAUUCAGGCUCUGUUCUCUAAGAACCGGGAUACACAUCCUUACCCCUGCAAUGGAUCAGUGCCUUUCUGAAGGCAAGAGGGAAGCAUGGGUGACUCAUCCACGGUCUUCAUUCAGUAAAAGCUCAUGUACAUUUGAUGUAGGAACCGCAAGGGUGUGCUUUUAGAGACUUACAAAAUACUGUGUUUUCUGUCUUAGGAUUUUCCUCCCUAAAGUAUCAUGGAUGAUACUAUCGUUUGUGACUUGCUUGCUAACUGGAGAAGCCAAGGCUUUGCGGGGUGGGGUGGCUUAUGAGGCGGGGUGGGGUGAGAGUGCCCCCACCUAUCCUCAUGUUGCAGUUACAUUUACACCAAGAUACCUUUCAGAGCUAUUUGCAAUGAGUCCUAAAAACUUGGUGAGGACCUUAGUUGCAAAUUAUGAUUUUCUGGUGACCUACAUUGAAUUGAAGCCCCCAAAACUUGAAAUUGUAAAUGUUUGAUAUGCAGUAAAGACCACCUCAUCACCCCAAAGACACCUUGGCUGCUGCAGCUAGCUGCUCUUGUGGCUGUGAUUUAGGAUAGCUUAGAUCUCAUUUUGUGUUUGAGAGAAUGUUUUGUGUGUGGCGGGUUGGGGGCGGGUAGAGUAACGAUUUCUCCCAUACCUGUGUGAUUGCUUCAUGGGACUCGCUUUCCCAUUUUACUUGGGAACCCAGGGGUCAGUCCAUCUCGACAAGUUCUGUCCGUUCACAAUGAUCACCCCUUGGAGCCUUCAUGCCGCUGGGCAACAGGCUGAAGCUGGGGGGAGCAAUAUUGGUAAAACCUAAACAUUUUAAAGUGUUUUUCUUUUUUAACCAACUCAUUAUUUUUAAAAAACCUAAUGUGUGAAAUCAGUUUAACAUGUCUGUAACAUCAGGAACGGCAGAAAAGUCUAAUAUGUACAAGACAGCUUCACUAAUUUUGGCAGGCAAUAAACACAUAUAAUUUACUAGCUGGGAGCUGAACUGGCUGAGAAAUAGAUGAUUUGCUUCAAGCUUUGGGUUUUGUUGCCUUUUUCUUAAUUGAUGACGCAGAAACUCCAUGGCAGACUAGACUGUGGAGUCAUAUCCCGGGUUCUCUGUGUCCUCACCGUGAGAAACCUGGUGGCCCGUUGGGUUUGAUCUCAGCACGUGUCAGGGUUUGUUUUUAUACAGCACAUCUUUUGACACUUUAAAGUGGGUUUGUGUGUGUGUGCGUGUGUAAGGUUUUAUGUUGCUGUUAUUUAUUUACAGACUUUAUAAGGUUUUAUGUAUUUUUCUUUCUUCUGGAGCUUCCUAAAAAUUGAUUAGCAUCUGCACUGAAAUAUAAUUUAACAGCAAAGGCAAAAAAGAAUUGGAAGUUGUAAAUUCCUAAAAUCACUACAGUGACGAUCAUCCUAGAAAUCGUUGCUUAUGUAGCAGAGACCAAAUAAAUGUAUUUCAGACACAACCUUUAGCUCAGUUGAUUUUGGACAGCUGCUUUUUAUCAAGAAAGGGCUCCAGGUGGCAGAGGUGUGGCCUUCCUCACGCUGCUGGGAAGACACUGCACCUUCUGAGGGGAUGGGGGUGGAUUCUAAGUGGGCAAGGGAUUCACAGAUUGUGUAUUUAUUUGUUUUCAUAGCUGAGUGGCUGAAGCCCAGAGGCUUUCAGCAACAGAGUUGAAAGUGUGGUUUUUAGUUUUGUGAAUGGAUGAUCACAAAGAAAAAGCAUUUUUUAAAAAGUUGGCAAAACGCUGAAACGCACUGUGGUAUGAAGCGCGUUGCAUUUCCAUAGCACUGAGUAUCAGUUUUCCAUUCCUGGGCUGAGAGUUUUUCCCCGUGGUUGUAUUGUUCUGAGUUCACAUACACCAGAGUAACUGAUUUUUUGUUUUCUUGUGGAGUUAACACCAAAUAAAAAAUAUAAAAAACAA